AUGGAUGCACUAAUGUCUCGUCUGGAUGCUCUCGUCACAAACCCUGAUCUGGCGCCGCUCCUCUCGUUAGCAAAGGGUGUGCGAAAUGGCGCAGUCUACGGCGCAAAAGUGCGGUUUCCGCACGCUCUGGUGAUGAUAUUUCUCUUUCGGUCCGGAACCAUCCGUGAAAAAACUAAGCUUGUCCUGAAAGCCACGCGCCAACACGCUCGGAACCUAGCAACCUUCGCAUUCAUCUAUAAGAGCGCGAUGAUUGUCCUGCGCAGUGUCAAUCCGUCCGCGGUCGGGAAGGAGGGUCGGUAUGAUAGUUUCUUUGCCGGUGCGCUGGGAGGGUAUGCGGUGUUUGGUCGGCGCAAGACCAGUGUCACCCAGCAGAUUGUCAUUUAUGUCUUCGCUCGUGUGGUACUCGCUAUGGCGAAGCUCUCCGUGGAGCCCGGCAUGCACCCUUUCUCCUCCCUCAUCACCCCCGAAUCGCGCUCCGAAAUCCAAAAGAACGCAUGGCCGGUCUUCGCCAGUCUGAGCUGGGCGUUCGUCAUGUACCUUUUCCGCUGGUACCCCGAGACACUGAUGUCGAGUCUGCGGAGCAGUAUGGUGUAUAUCUACGCCGACUCGGAUCACUGGGACUCGUUCCGCAACCUCAUGAUACAUAACAAGUAGAUUUCUCGGGCUCGGUGUUUCCUACUAUGUCUUCUGUUUCGACGGCGCGGUGUUCAUAGUUUGUUCUUCUCUGAAAGGGGCGUAUAGAGUUGGGUGCAUACACGUCUAUUCUUUUUCUUUUCCACCUUCACUUCUUGUCAAUGGUUUAGUGUAUUAUGAUUAAUCCAUCCGGUUGAAACCGAUCCUAC